AUGGAGGAUGGUACGACCUCGCUUUUCGGCCAAAUUUCCUGUCACUGGUCCGGUAGCUUAGAAGAGUCAGACUACUUUACAACGACCGUCACGGCUGCAACGGCAGCAAUGAUCACCACGCAAAGCGCUGACGUUACAGGGGUCCGUCCUCUUAAGAAGGCCCUACUUUUCUACACAAGCAGGCGCAUCACUGACACGAGGCUUAAUCUAGUCCGCCAUCAAGAUGAAAUCACAAGCCUCCGAGCAAUAAUCACCUCUUCCACGGAGGUCCACUUCUCGGUCGUCGAAAUCGCAUCUCCGACUCCUUCGAGCACUAUCCGUAUUUCCACCCCAGCCGACAUGCAGGAGCGCAUUCCUGGCGUCCCAUCACCAAACACAAACACCCACACCAUCUCAAGCAAUCCAGCCGUCUGGCGCGGCACCAGAUCUGCUCCAAACUCCUCCUCCCCUCCCCCGCUCAGCGCAACCAGCAACCCACCUUCCAGCACGCAAGGGUCCCACACAACCAUACCAGCGGAUCCCCACUCCCUGCGUCCCCGCCACCCCCCUUGCAUCCCGACCCAGCGCCUCGUUGCCAAUCUCCCGCUGCACGCGAACAUCGGCGUUCCGCGACUGUGUCCGGUGAGGAGCGUGGUUGUCCCUCGGUCCUUCGGGCUGGCUGGACGGGUCAAAAAUGAGACCCUGAUCCGCAGCGGUGCGGCCCAGCGCUGUGCUCGACUCGAGGCAGCACAGGGCGCAUGCGAGACCGCAGGACAGCAUGUCUCGCUGCUGCAGACCGAAGCCGCAGUUUCUAGCCGCGAGGAGCCCGAGACACGGAUACACGCUGGGCGAGGCGAGGCGGUGCACAACAGCUCCCGAAGCAGGUGCUGCGUGACGUACGUGUUGUCUCCAGAUAGCUGGCCGGUUUCUACAGUCAAUGAGUUAUGCUCCACUGCUGGAUAA